CAUCAAGAGACAGGCUUCUCCAGUGAUCGACUAUUACCGCCUUGACUAAUCCAACCCAUAUUCCUUUGUACGCUUCUCAUCUCGCCCAUCUACCAUUGUCAUUCCUGGUUUGCAUUUGCAAGAUAUAUCCACCUGACUUUCUAUUUGCCGCCUUACCCACGAAUAACUACUGCCCCUCAACGGUGAUCGACAAUCCAACUUUCCAAUUUCUUCCAUCUUCACUCUUCACUCUUCACACUCAACAAUGGACGGCUACAACGAGUUUCGCACAGGACGGGUUGCUGAGGUUCUCUCCGACUUUCGAACGCUGCAAUACUACAUCGCCGCAGCUCCCGUCGACCCCCAGGACUCCGCAGAGUACUACACCGAGGGCUGGGCUGCACUACGUCAAUGUUCACUGGAUGGACAGCACAUUCUGGAGUGUGCGGCGGACACGAGCGUGCCUAGCGCCGCUGGCGGCGAGGAGGAGCAGAUGAAGGCCGAACUCAAGCAGGUCUUGUUGGACGCCUACUCAAGACGGCACGAGGGACAGAAGAUCUACCUUCGACAAGCUGCAGCGCAGCGAUGGAUCGAGUACCGCAUGCAAGCCUUGACGGCCGGCCGAUCAGCCUCGAAGACCGAAUCCCAACUGCGAGCGUGUGAUCGCCAACUUCGAACAGAACUGGCAGCAAUCACUGACGAUGCCAUCUACACCGAGCUUCAGACCUCGGAUAUCAACAUGGGCCGCUGGACGGCCGAGGAUCCCAGUCUUCGGAGCGUGCUGCGCUGGCUGCGAGCACGCCAGUAGAGGAGGAGGAGCGACGAACCCGAAACCACCCUCUCGAAGGAUCGAAG